AUGGAGCAGGGUGGAGGCACCGGCGGGGCUGCAGGGGCAGCACCCCCCGAACCCGAGGGCAGCGCAGCCCCCGCAGCUCCCCAGCCCCAGGCGGGGACAGCGCCAGCCGCCACCGGGACACAGGACACCGGCACGGGUGGGCCUGGGCAGGAGAAGGCUGGAGGAGGGACGGCAGAGCCGGAGCAGGAGGCACCUCUGGCUGCUCCAGAGCUCCGGGAUGGACGGGGAGCAGCUCCAGGAGAGGAGGAUUCGGCUGUGCUGUGUGAUGGAGGACAGGCAGCAGCUGAUGAAGGGCAGGCAGCAUCCACCGGGGAGAAGGUGCCGGCUGCCACUGAGGCCCAGGGUGCAGGGAAGGGCGAGAAAGAGAAGCCUGGGAAGAAGAAAGCUCCAGCUGCUGCAGGGGAGGUCAAAGGAGGAAAGGCUUCAGCUGCUGCAAAGGCUGAGGAUGGAGGGAAGGAUGAGCCCAUGGAGGGGAAGGACCUGGCUGAAACUGAGGCACGGGAUGGAGGAAAGGACAAGCCCAAGAAGGAGGAAGCACCUGGUGGGUCAGGGGCUGAGAGUGCUGGAAAAGCAGAGUCCACUGAGGAGAAGGCUCUGGCUGCAGCAAACUCUGAAGAAGGAAAGGCAAAACCUGUGGAGGAAACAGCCUUGGCUGCAGCUCAGGCUCAGGAUGGAGGAAAAGGAGAGCCUGCAAAGGAGAAAAUCACAGGGGUUGCAAAACAGGAGGUCCCAGCCACUGCUAAAACUCUGGAUGAAGGGAAGCAAGAUGCAAAAGCAGAGCAAGCCCCGGCUGAUACCAAGCUUGCAAAAGAUAAAACCACAGCUGCUGCAAAGGAGAAGGCCCUGAAUGCUGCAAAGGCUCAGGAUGGGAAGAAUAAAGUGGUAAAGUCAGAAAAAGCCCCAGCAGUUAAAAAGGCCCCAGAUGAAGGCAAAGAGGAGCCCACAAAGGAGAAGCCUCCAGCUCCGGGGAAGGAAAAAGCCCCAGAUUCAGUGAAGGAGAAAGCCCCAGCUCCAGUGAAGGAGAAAGCCCCAGCUCCAGUGAAGGAGAAAGCUCCAGCUUUAACUCCUGCAAAGGAGAAAGCCCCAGAUGCUGCUAAGGCUCAGGAUGGAGAGAAGACAGCAGCAAAGGCAGAGAAAACACCAGCUGAAAAAAUGGCUCAAGGUGGAGGCAAAAAAGAGCCUGCAAAGGAGAAGUCCCCAGCAGCUGUGAAGGUGCAGGAUGGAGGGAAGAAAACUGCAAAGGUGGAAAAAUCCACAGUUGCAUCAAAGGCUGGGGAUGAAGGGAAAGAUUCUAAAAAGGAGAAGGUCCCGGCUACUGCAAAGGCUCAGGAUGGAGGGAAGAAAGCUGCGGAGGUGGAGCCUCCCACGCCUGGAGCAGAGGCUGGGGUUGGGGCUGCAGAGCCCACGGAGGCAGCAGCCAUGGCUGUGGUGAAGGCUCAGGGUGAAGGGGAGGAAGUGUCCAAGGGGACCCAGGGACAGCCCCCAGCGGUCCCCGAGCCCCCACGCCCCGCUCUGCUGCAGAGCCUGAGCUGCCCGGCUGCCUCCUGCCACAGGGAGGAGCAGCCCUGGGCAGAGAUGGAGACAAUAGAAGAGGAGACCACAACGGAGCCAAAAGAGGGUCCAACAGAGCCUGGCCACGGCCCACCAGCCCAGGGGGACCUGCAGCCCCUGGAAUGCCCUGGUACCCCUCAGGAGAGGACAUUGCCCAGUGCCCCAGGGCAGCCCCCAGACCCUGCUGGGGUGGUGGAGCAGCCUGGACCUGGGGUGGAACCGUCUUUGACAGAGGCAAAGCCACCCCCCAGCCCCUACCUCACCCCCGAUUUUGGGAAGGAAGACCCUUUUGAGAUACUGGACGAUGUCCCCCCGCCGCCAGCGCCCUUCACCCACCGCAUCGUCACCCUGCGCUCGGCCAGCGUCAGCUCCCAGUUCAGCCUCAGCUCCAAGGAGAUCCUGGGCGGGGGCAAGUUUGGUGAGGUUCACACGUGCACAGAGAAGGAGACAGGGCUCAAGCUGGCAGCCAAAGUGAUCCGGAAGCAGGGAGCAAAGGACAAGGAGAUGGUGCUGCAGGAGAUCGAUGUCAUGAACCAGCUGAACCACCACAACCUCAUCCAGCUCUACGACGCCAUCGAAACCCCCCGGGAGAUCAUCCUCUUCAUGGAAUACGUGGAGGGUGGUGAGCUCUUUGAGCGGAUCAUCGACGACGAUUACCACCUGACCGAGGUGGACUGCAUGGUGUUCGUGCGGCAGAUCUGCGAGGGCAUCCGCUUCAUGCACCACAUGGGCGUCCUCCACCUCGACCUCAAGCCUGAGAACAUCCUCUGCGUGGCUGCCACUGGGCACAUGGUGAAGAUCAUCGACUUUGGGCUGGCUCGAAGGUACAAUCCCAAUGAGAAGCUGAAAGUGAACUUUGGCACCCCUGAAUUCCUGUCCCCUGAGGUGGUCAACUACGAGCAGGUCUCCUACACCACGGACAUGUGGAGCAUGGGCGUCAUCACCUACAUGCUGCUCAGCGGCCUCUCCCCCUUCUUGGGUGACGAUGACACCGAGACACUCAACAACGUGCUGGCUGCCAACUGGUACUUUGAUGAGGAGACCUUUGAGAGUGUCUCCAAUGAGGCCAAGGACUUCGUCUCCAACCUCAUCAUCAAGGAUAAGAGUGCCCGGAUGAGUGCUGACCAGUGCCUGCAGCACCCCUGGCUCAAUAACCUGGCAGAAAAGGCCAAACGCUCCAACCGGCGCCUCAAGUCCCAAGUGCUGCUCAAGAAAUACGUCAUGAGGAGGCGCUGGAAGAAAAAUUUCAUCGGGGUGUGCGCUGCCAACCGCUUCAGGAAGAUCACCAGCUCAGGGUCCCUGACAGCGCUGGGCAUCUGA